UACAACACUGUGUAAAUGCUAUCAAAAGGCUGCUUCUCUGACACCCAUUUUUAGAAUGAAUGAAUGCUUGUAGACCAAAAAGAGCCCGCUUAUCAAUGAUCCUCAGCUCACCUGCUCCUUCUCACGCUAAAACCCAAAACAAGCCCGCCCAAAGUGCCAAGCAAUAAAACAAGAGAAAUAUCCACACACACACAGAGUGAGUGUGAGUGUGCCUUUUCUUUGCAAUGCAGGGUAGUGCUCUGUUUGUUAUCAUUUGAUUUGUGAGUGACUUGAUUGAUUGGAUAAGUAAAAAGAGAUGGUUGUUUUAGACCGGGGAUGUUUGGGUUUGCGUGAAAACCUGAAAAAGUUCAGUGAAAUGCAUGGGUAAUGGGUUGGAUUGACGAAUAAUGAUGAUUCAAAUCCCAGAAGACCCGAAUCUCAGUACUUGAUUUGCCAAACCUUUUCAGUUUUCAGCUCCAUUUCCCUUGGGUUUACCAUAUUUCCUGUGGAACUGAGUAGGGACCCUUGGUUGCUCUUCUUGAUGUACUGGCGUUUGGGGAAAAGUGGAAAAAAAAAAGAUGUGGGGCUUGGGUGCCGAGGAAUUGCUGGAAAUUUUUAGCUUUAUGAAGUGGGUUUCUUGAUUGGGAAUUUUUGAGUGAAGAAUUAGAGAGAAAUGGGGGGAACAAGCUCAAAAGGUGAGAGGAGUGAAGCUUUGAGAUUGUGCAAAGAGAGAAAGAGGUUCAUCAAAGAAGCUAUAGAUUCUAGAUAUGCAUUAGCAGCUGCCCAUGUUUCAUAUGUUCAAUCUCUAAGAAAUAUAGGCAUUGGUCUUGGGAGGUAUGCUGAGGCUGAGGUGUUGAUAGAGCCCUCAAUCUCCAUUCCCCCCACUGACCUUGACAAAACGCCCUCACAUUUGUCAUACCCUUCGCCCUCUCCGCCUCAAAUUCCCGGUGGGGCUUCAGAUUCUCCGGUUCUCAAUGGAAGCCCUGUGUCACCCCUUACUGCUAGGUUGAGUUACAUGAAAUCGGGUGGCACCUCGGCUGUUACGGUUAAGGUGGCUACACCAGUCAAGAAUAUGUAUGUUGAAGAUGGUGGGUUUCAAAUGCCCCCGCCGCCACCUCCGCCUAUGGAGUGUGGCUCUUCUUGGGAUUUCUUUGAUCCUGCUGGCAAUUCAGAGAGCUUUAGAUUUGCAGUGGAUAAUGAUGGGUGUAUGAGCUUUGAUGAUAUGGAAAUGAAUGGCGAAAAAGACAUUGAUUGUGGGGAUAUGGCUCAAGAAGAGUUCAUGACACCUAAUUCGGAUACUAGAAGUCCCAGAUAUAGUAAAUUGGAAGUGGAUAAUUCCCAUCCAGUUACACCCCAGGGGGUGAAAAGCAAUAGUCAUAAUGGACUUGGAAAAAGCUCUGCUGCAGCAAAUAUGUUGGGCAAAGCUGGUCUGCAGCAAUCUGGAUCAAAGGGUGACAAGUCUUUGGUGGGGAAAGAUAUGUAUGCAGAAAGAGAGGAUCCUUCGGAGUUCAUAACACAUAGGGCUAAAGAUUUCCUCUCUAGUGUAAAGGACAUUGAGAACCAGUUCUUUAGAGCAUCAGAAUCCGGUAAAGAGGUUUCCAGGAUGCUCGAGGCUAGCAAAAUCCGAGUUGGGUAUUCAGAAGCUAAAGGAAAAUUGUCAGCUUCAAUCUACUUGACUUCCAUUGGUGGAGCUUGCUGCCGAAGAGGAACUGCAAACACUUCUGAAGGGGAACAUGGGCAUGGGACAAAGGUCAUUACUUGGAAGCGGACAACGUCUUCAAGGUCAUCUUCAUCAAGGAACCCUCUUAAUGCAAAAGAUGACAACGAUGACAGUGGAAGUGAUUUUGUUGAAGAUUUUUGCAUGAUUGCUGGAAGCCACUCAUCGACCCUCGACAGAUUAUAUGCAUGGGAGAGGAAGCUUUAUGAUGAAGUGAAGGCAAUUGAGUUAAUUAGGAGGGAAUAUGAUCGUAAGCGCGUCCAGCUUAGACACCAAUUCGCCAAAGAUCUUAGUUCCCAAGUAAUUGACAAAACCCGAGCAGUGGUGAAGGAUCUACAUUCCCGAAUCAGGGUUGCACUCUAUGCAGUAGACUCAAUAUCAAAGCGGAUUGAAAAAAUGAGAGAUGAAGAGCUGUUGCCUCAACUUUUGGAGCUUAUUCAGGGGUUGAUCAGAAUGUGGAGAGCGAUGCUCGAAUGUCAUCACACUCAAUAUAUAACGAUCUCGUUAGCAUACCAUGGCAAGGCAACAUUGGGUAGAAGUAGUCCCCGGGGAGAAGAUCAAAAGCAGAUUGUGGCACAGCUACUGGAUGAAGUGGAGUGUUUCGGAUUGAGCUUUGCUGAUUGGAUCAACAGCCAGACAUCAUAUGUGGAAGCUCUAAACGGUUGGUUGCAGAACUGCAUCUUGCAACCACCAGAGAGAAAGAGCAGGCGAGCCUUUUCCCCUCGUCGUGUGGUGGCCCCGCCAAUUUUCGCCCUUUGUCGUGACUGGUCAGCGGGAAUUCAGUCUCUGCCAUCUCGAGAACUCAAUGAUGCCAUCAGGGCAUUUCUAUAUGAGCUGCGCCAUUCAGGCGAACAGCGCCACGAGGAACAGUGCAACAAAGAGGCCACGGCCACGGUUGAUUCCAGCAACAAUGAGGAAAUCGUGGAGAAAGACGGAGAUAAGAAGCACGAGAGGUGCUCGAAUUUAAGCCGCAUGCAUGCGAGUUUGACCAUUGUUCUGGACAGACUGAACAAGUUUUCUGAGGCUUCUCUGAAAAUGUGUGAAGAUGUGAGGCAGAAAUGUGAUGAAGCCAUAAAUGCUUAUGUGAACUAUAGGCCUCCCCAAAGAUCCUUUAGCGUAUGAAAGCAUUUAGAACAUGUUUUCUUGUUUAAGUCCAUUGUAUAUCAAACAAGUUAUUAUUGAAAACAAUCAUAGACUUCAAUCAAUGUGUAGACAUGUUUUAACAGCUUGCUAGCCCAAUAGCCAAUAUGCAAAAUGUGAAAAAGCUUAUAAUUAUCAGGAAAAAGAAUAGAUGUACGAUUCAAAAUUAAUGAUGAUCCCAGACCAUCCCCCUUAUUUUCUG